AUGGACUCCCAGGCCGAGCACCGCGCCGAUUACUUCCGACGCUCCAACCUGUUGGUAAUGGUGGCGAUCUUCGUCGGCCUGAGCUACCACGCGGUGAGCGCAGCCUCCCUGGAGGCUCCCGGGGCACCUGGUGCGGGGAAGCGCGGGGCGCCACGGCUCCAAAGGGCACCCGGGGGGGGAUCAUAGUCAUAGCUGCCAACUUUUCCCUUUUCUUGCGAGGAAUCCUAUUCGGAAUAAGGGAAUUUACUUUUAAAAAAGAGAAACGUUGACAGCUAGGACCAUAGUCCAACCCGGAACAUUUCGCCCGACGAGACUCGAACGCGCGACCUGGAGGUUAAAGUCCUCGUCCUCCACGGGCUGAGCUAUGUCUCUCUUGCCGUGGGAGCCAGAGAUGGGAAGGCUUGGAGGGGAUCCCUAUGUACCGUACUUAGCUUUGAAGAUGUUAGGGAUGAGCCCGCCCAAAUCAAGCGUGGUUUUUUUUUAAAGUCACAUUUAUUUCAUGGGGAGAAUUUACAGUAUUCAGAAGGGCGCCCCAUUGAGUUCAGUGGGCAUUACUCCACUGCAACUGGGCAAAGGGUAGAAGCCUCAAGCAGGUGUUUAAACUCUUCCACUGAAAUGAAUGGGUUGGAAAAAAAACAAAACAAACCCCGGAAUCUUGAGUUAUUUUCUGCUGCUCUGAAAUAGAGGCCAUUUUUCUUGUUUCUGUCUCUCCCCCCCACUCAAGGGUUUUUGGGAGCUGAAUCCCUGAUUGGAGUCCAGUAUAAAUAUAUUUUCCGCCGUAGUGCACUUUUAGUGCAUUUCAUGAAGACAGCCGGCUUUAGUGCAUAGCACACACUGUACUGGUGAGGUUUAUUCUGGAAGUACAUUAUAUGAUAAUUGUGAUUUAUUUUUUUAGGGGGAUCUAGACCGAGAUCUCAUCAGCUGUGGGCUUUCUUGCCUAAGUCCAGUGUUUCAGGGUCCUCCACACCCUGCAUUGUAAAAUGCAAGGGUCAGAACCUUUUUCAGCCAUGGGCCGGUCCACCAUCCCUCAGACCAUGUGGUGGACUGGACUAUUUUUUUUGGGGGGGGGGAAAUGAACAAAUUAUUCCCACAAAUAACCCAGAGAUGUAUUUUAAAUAAAAGGACACAUUCUACUCAUGUAAAAACACCCUGAUUCCUGGACCGUCUGUGGGUCAGAUUGAGAAGGCGAUUGGGAUGGAUCUGGCCCACGGGCCUUAGGUUGCCUACCGCUGGUCAAAUGGCUGCUAAUUUCUGGAUUGUGCCACAUUGUAUUGAUGUCCCCGAAUUUCAUAUAUUAUGUAUGGAUACUGGGGGAUAAACACAAAAGUUGUGAAUUCUGAUGUUGCAGGAUGAUGGGUUAUGUUGACGCGUAUAUACAGUGGUACCUCGGGUUACAUAUGCUUCAGGUUAAAUACGUCUCAGGUUACAGACUCUGCUAACCCAGAAAUAUUACCUCGGGUUAAGAACUUUGUUUCAGGAUGAGAACAGAAAUUGUGCUCCGGUGGUGCAGCAGCAGCAGCAGCCGGAGGCCCCAUUAGCUAAAGUGGUGCUUCAGGUUAAGAACGGACCUCCGGAACAAAUUAAGUACGUAACCAGAGGUACCACUCUAUGCCGCUUAGGAAUUUGGAAUAUUAAGUGGUAUAGCUGAAGUAAAUAAAACAAUACCUCCUGUAUGCUUACUUAAAUGUAUCUCUCUUUCUCCCCUCCCCCUCCCCCUCCCCCUCCUCACACCUCAGUGGGCAGUCUUUUCACCCUCAACAAUCCCCUAUGACCUUCUGGGACCAUUAGGCACCUUCACUAAAUAUUUGGUGGAAAACCAUAAAACUCUUCUCAAUAUUGGGUAAGCUAAAUUCUCAUCUUCUAACUGUUCACAUUCCUUCUGCUCACCCAACAGUGGGGAUUUUGGGGGUGGGAGGGAGGGUGAGUAAUAUAAUAUGCAGCCAUAUGUAUGUGUUUCUCCUUGCAUAUUGGGAGGGACAAGUGAAAUGUAAGAGCAAGCUACAGUCAAGCAAUGUAUUUUGAGAUUAUAGAGUCAUAGAUUAUAGAGUCAUAGAAUUGUAGAGUUUCUAACAAUGGACCCAGGGCCUCAUUCUUUUUUCUUCCUUCCUUUUUAAUUGUAAAAACCAGUCCGACACAUGUGUGAAGGGUGGAUCGGGACAGGCUGUCUAGCCUUUGUUCCUCUUCCUCUGGUAGUUUUCCAGCCCAUAAUUAUCUCCCUGAGCACUUUUGUCACCUGGGUUAAAGCAUAGCUGUCAACUUACAGAUUUGAAAAUAAGGGACCAGCAGCCUCGAAAAUAAGGGAUCAGCAGCCAAAAUAAGGGAUUUUGGCUUAGCUUAUACAGAAAUCCCGCACUCAUGGAGCCAUGCUGCUAUGGCUGCGACUGACUGUGUUUUGCAGGGGGUUGGACUAGAUGAUCCUAAGGGUCUACAACUCCCACCAAAGAAGAGUGGCAGACAAAACUGAUGAACAACGUCGAGAUGGCAAAAUUUGAACUAUGGAUUGACAAAUGAUUUAUAAAAAUAGAGUUAUGAAAGGGAUGCAGAGGGGGAAAUCACUGCACUGGUUGGAGGGUAUGCUAAGCAGCACGUUGGGGCUGCCGUUGUCCUGGGGUGAGGAGUUCCAUCGGCCCUUCCCUGCCUGAGAGAGAGGGAGGGAGGGAGAGAGACUCUCGCCCAUGCUGCCCGUGAGCCCGGCAUGAGGCGGUUGCGGCGCGGCGGCUGAAGUGCCGCCCUUCUGUGUCCCUCCCCAUCCCCUCCUCUUCCUCCUCCCUCAGGCCGCCUCCUCAGCCGCAGCCACCGCUGCCGCCUCCGGCUUCCCCUGGCAGCGCAGCAGAAGUCUUGCAAGAGGGGCUGCCUGCCCGCCACCCACCACCCGUCUCCUCACAAUGUGCCCCUGAGGGGGAAAAGGGAGAGACGAAGACACGGCAGCUCGUGCGCUCGCUCUCUCGAGGCGGAGGACCCCGAGCCGCUGCUUCCCUCCCGAGCCGGGCGAGCAUGAAACCCGGGAAAUUUAAGGGACAUCAUAAAUAAGGGACAGCAGCGGGACACAGCGCUGGGAUAAGGGAGUUUCCUGCCAAAUAAGGGACGGUUGGCAGCUAUGGGUUAAAGAGCAGCUCCAUACAUGCCUUACUCCACUCGGACUGUGUAGUGUUUCUGGUCCGGUUUAGGCUAUGCAUAACUUGUUAUUAGAAAUAUGCACAUUAAUGUAAAGGGCAGGGCAGAAUGAUUGCCUGCUUUUUGAAAACCCCAUUCCUGCACAUGUUGUGUGUUUCUCUUGCACAAGCCAUGCUUACCGAAAUGAACAGGCAUUGCACAAAGCAUAUUUGCGUUGCUUCUGUGAACCCCUGUCCAUUUCACAAGGGCUUGCAUGAGAAAAAACAGGGUUGUGUCCCCUGUUAAUUAGCUGGUGAUUGGGGAUGUGUUUGGUUUUCCCCUGGAAAUACCUAAAUGUUUUGGGCUAACCCUUAUCUUGCUUUAAUUUACGCUAGUUACAAAUCGUGUUAUUUUCCUUCCUUUCAGAUGUUUAGUUACCUGGUUAGGCCACGUCGGGGAAGCAUUAUGUGCCCUCAUGCUAUGCAAGUAAGCUAUUUUUAUUUUAUUUUGGGUCUCUUCUACCUCCACCUCCCUCUGCCCUCUCCUAAACAGCAGAUAGCGCGGCAAAGCUGCGUCUGGGCUUGUGAGCUGGUUUUCUGGGUACGGAUAUGGGGUGUUGUGCAUGAGCACUCCCUCUCACUGCCUAAAGUGGUAUGGAAGUGACACACAGGUGUUAAUAAUCUUCACAACCUAUCUGCAUGAACUGGGUCUAAAGUAAAUUCUGUCAAGGACCGACUUCGGAGCUGUUGUUGAAUUUGCCUUUUAAAAAGCAACCAGUGCUUUCCAGCAUUGAACCAAUGAGGUGUGCUGUGCAUUGGAACCCAACCCAGCUGUGGCAGGUGAACUUACCCUGAUCCUUUUGUCAGGUUUCUUAAAAAAUAAUAAUAAAGGCGCUGGUACUAGUUUACAAAGCCUUAUACAUCUGAGGACCAGGAUACCUAAAAGGCUGUCUUGCACCUUAUAUAUACAACUGAUGGUUGCAUUCUGCAGGAGAGGGCCUCUUGCAGAUACCAUCUCAUCAAGAGAUCUGCUCCGUAUAAUGCGGGAACUGGACCUUAAACUUUGGUGGCACCUACCCCUGAGAACUCUGUCUAUUGUCUUUUAGGCACCUCUUAAAGACCUUCCUCUUCUAAGAAGCCUUUUAAUCAGAAUUUUGUCCUGGCCCUUAUCUGCAUUGUGUUUAUAUAUGCCUUUAUUGUUGAUGAUUUUGUAUUGUUAAUUGCUUCGGGAUGUAUAAAUAAAGUAAGCAAAAUAAAAGAACAUAAAAGAAGCACAAGAAGGAGCGAGUGACUGUGUAAGUAGGCUGGUCUGUGUGAGUGCCAGCAGAGGAGUAACAAUAUGAUGGUUCUAAAUCCCAGAUAUAUGCACUUGGAUUCAAAACCCUGUUUGGAGGUUAUCUGGAACUAGUGACUGCAUUGCUGAUAUCUUUCCUUCAUUGGUGUAUCACAUGCCACCCUGGAAAGUUCCCUGAAGGCUUCUGGUGAGGGAGCAGGGGUGUGGAUAACAGCCCAACUUCAGUUUCUGCCCAUCCUCCAAGCAGCUGAGGACAAAAUAGACAUCUAUCUACUUAACUUGGAUUUUAAGUAAUACAUGCAGAAAUGUCAGGCUUUAUCUGUCUGUCUCUUCACUGCAGGAUGAAAGGCAUCACAGACCCUUCAACUCAGCGGUUGUGGUUGGUUCAAACAUUUUUCUUUGGAAUGGGAUCUCUCUACUUUUUGUUGACCUACAACCCCCGGAAGAAAACCUGGUGA